AUGAGAGGUGAUAAGCAAACACGGAGAGCUUUCAUGAUCUGUUGUGGGGUCACAACCAUUUUCAUUAUCAUUCUCCUAGCAGUCUUGAUAGCCUUAUUUCUCACCGUCUUUAAACCCAAACAACCCCAAAUCCAAACCCAAUCUGUUAGUCCCAAAGGCAUUGAAUUUCAAGUGUUCCCCUUCCUUCAACUAAAUGUGACAUUAGGACUAGUGGUUACAGUAAAAAACCGCAAUUACGGAAGUUUCAAGAACGAUAACUCGACGGCAUUUGUUUACUACCAUGGAGAGCUUGUCGCGGAAGCUCCAAUCGAGCGCGGCAUGAUCCCAGCACGGUCCAGCCGCAAUAUCAGCACUACUGUGGAGAUUCUUGCGGAUAAGUUGCUAACAAGCCUUUAUUUUUGGGCUGAUAUUGGCACGGGGUCAUUGAAUCUCACCUCAUCUUUGACAUUGCAUGGGAAGGCUAGCUUUCUCAAGCUCAUAAAGAUUCACGCCACGGCCAUUAAUACAUGUGACAUUUCGGUAUUUCUUCACAGUGGGACGGUGGAUUCAAGUUGCCAUGCGAAAAUAAAGAUAUGA